AUGGAGUCUUCUCCUCCAAGGAGCACGCCUAUUGCUCCCGUGGCAGGCAUGAAGCGUCCAGCGUCCCUCUUGCCUGCUUUUGAGCCAUUGAGUUCUUCUCCUUCUCUUCCUCGACCACAAAAGCGUGUAGCACGCCAUGACCAUGGCAUCGUCUCUACUUAUCCAACUCCCGUCCCCACCUCAUCCACCCAUAUCAUGUCAUCCUCGCCGCCUCGAAUGGCCUUGCCACGUUCCUCGUCACGUCGAAUUCCGGCCUCUGCUGGCUCGGAACGAAGCCCUCUCUCCGCUGUUCCGACCCUCAUGCUUUCUGAGACUGGCGAGCCGACCUUGAUGGGUAGAUCGAGUGCCUCGUGUCAUCACCAGCUCGCCGCCAAUCGCAUGAUUUCGAGGAUACAUGUCAAGGCUACCUAUAAGCCCGCACCGAACCCUUUCGACCGUGAUAGGGUAGAGAUAAUGUGUCUGGGGUGGAAUGGAAUCAAACUUCACUGCCAGGGGAAGACAUAUGACUUGGCGAAGGGAAAGACAUUCACGUCAGACAUUAAGGACGCGGAUAUCAUGAUCGAUGUUCAUGAUGCUCGUGUUCUGGUUCAGUGGCCGCGGAAUGAGAGGAAGGACGAUGCGUCCACUGAUUCAGAACAGACAUGGGAGGAGACUACGCCCCGACGGAACAAAGAGUCGCGUCGGAGUUUACAGGACAGCCCCGGUGCUGAACGUCAACGGUUAGCCUCUCCUGUUUCUCCCUCUCCAGCCGUGAAGUCCCUCGUUCCUCCAUCAUCUCCUUUGUACACCCCCACCCGUUCCCGGAAUGCCGUGGUUGUGUAUGAAGACGAAACCUCCCCUAUCCGCCGUAGCACAUCUGGAGAUGCUUUGCUCUCUCAAGCCACCCUGAACUCGUCAUCCAGUGUAGCAUCCCUGCUGCAAAGCUCUCAGACAAGUGACUUGAGUGAUUUGAGCAAACACGAUGACCUGUCAGAUCACGAUGAGGAGAAUGACCCAAUCAUCCAUUCCUUCGGACCGUUUGGCGAUAACCUACUGCCUCGCAUGGCCUCGUUCACUGCCGACGAUUCACCUCUUCGACCCGCACGUUGCCACAUCCCUGGCCAUCCGCUCCAGCCCACUCAAUCUUCUCGACAACCCUCAAACCUCGUGGUUGAAUCUGAUGAGCCAGUUAAGCCCGUCGUUCUGGAUGAAGGUGGUGAGCGUGUUCAAAACCAUGCAAUCAACCAGCUGGCCUUCUCUCGUCUCUCCUCCACUCCGUUCUCUACUAUUCUUAAUAACCUCCCUCCUUCGCUCUGGAAACGGGACAGCCAGUCCAGAAAUGGGCCAUCAAAAGAUGAGAUCCGUGCAAUCUUGGAUACUACCAAGUGCAUCGGAAAGGUGGCGCGUGAAGGUAAGGACGCUGCCGGGAAACCACUCGAAGCCGAAUAUUAUUAUAUUCCCGACUUUGAUGACGAUGAGAUGCGGCGUGAGGCUGUCGUGACCGACCUAAGAAAGCCUGGUCUUCGGAAUUGUCGAAAACAACAUAAGCAAUACUAUUGGCGAAAACCGAAAUAA